UCACGAUAAUAAUUUGAAAUUUCAAACUGAACGUUAGUUAAUUUCGAAAAAAGAGAACGGGAGAACAAUGAAAAAAAGUCGCACGCGAAAGUUGUUAUUUAAUUUGGUGUCUCACAACAGUAAUUAUUAUUUGACCAGAACUUAUAUGCCUACGGAGUGCAUUACAAACCCUCUACAGAGGGAAUUGGCGGAUUCUAUAAUAAGGAUGGUACCUUUGGAUGAAAUUAGGAUUCUUUUGGCAUGUGGAGCUAAAGUGAACGAGCCAGUGACGCAAGGUUUGAUGCCUUUGCAUUAUGCAGUCUGGCAAAGGUACUAUGAAGCUACUCAGCUCCUGUUAACGAGAGGUGGAAACGUCAAUGCUACAGACGAAUGUGGAUACAGCGCUCUCCACUUAUCUGCUGAACACGGAUACACGGAGGUCGUACGUCUUCUCUUAGCCUCAGGUGCCAAAGUAGACUACAGAGAGGACACAGACGAAGAAUUCCCUAGGACUACGAAAUGUGAUGAACCCCUACGUCUAGCGAUCCGUAAUAAACACAUGGACAUCGCCAGAAUGUUACUGGAACAUGGAGCUGAUCCCAAUAAGAGAUAUUUCUUUGGAUCCGAAAUAAAUCUAGUGACUGAUUUGGAGUUUCUGGAAUUGUUGUUGACUUUUGGUGCUAAUCCUGAUAGUAGAGAUCGAUCUGGACUUACACCUUUGAUGAAAGCUGUUAGACAGCCACAAGGCAUGGAAGCAGUAUUACUUCUUUUAAAAUACGGAGCAGAUGUGAAUGCUAUAGCUGAUGAAAGGCAUGAUUAUAGGACGGUCCUACAUUACGCAGUUUUGUCUGGAAACUAUGAAAUCGUGAAUCUGAUGAUAAAACAAGGAGCUAAAUUAAAUUACGACGAAGAAUAUGACCUUGGUAAGCCUAGUCCGUUGGAUUUGGCUAUAUUGAAAGGUGACCCUAAAAUCGUUACGCUUCUUAUCAAAUCUGGUGCUAAUGUGAAUUGCAGUUCUCCUAUCAUAGGAUCACCUUUACACGUUGCUUGCGCAGAUAAUAUUCCCAAUAGAUUUGACAUUUUAACAAUGCUUUUGAAAGCCGGAGCGGACCCAAAUCUCAAAGUCUACAGUGAUGAAUGCGAUAGAAAUUCUCAACUAAGGCCGGUUUUGGUAGAAUAUUUAGCUAGUAACGAACACCCUAGCGUGGCUGUGGUACAUCUUUUACUUCAAUAUGGAGCUAGAGUAGUGAUGAAAACCCAAUUUCGAGAUCCAGAUGGCAUGUUAAACUGUCUCCAGAACGUGAUAAAUGAUAACUCGUCGUCAAUUUUCUUCCUUCUCAUUGAAUCUUGCGAAUCGUUCGACCCUUGCAUGAUAAGAAGAAACAACGUUCUAUCGCUAGAACAAAAAUCUAAUUUAUUAGAACUCGCUAAAUAUCCCUUAUCCUUAAAGAGACAAGUCCGGCUUUAUUUAAGAAAAUUAAUGGGAUCUAAACUCCUACACGCCGCUGAAGGAUUUGAUUUACCAAAAACUCUUACUAAGUACUUGUUAUUGGACUACAGUUGAAUUUUUUAUUGUGGUAUCCCAAAUACAAUUUGAAUUUUGAUUUUUUGGUUUUCAGUGGACAUUUGGCCACUGUUAGGGUUCGGAUUAACCACACUUACAAUAUUCUAUCAUUGAUUAACCACUAAUUAAUAUAAUUAAAGGAUUAUAGUCGAUUUAAAAGAAUAUUUUACAAAUUGGUUUCAAUCAUUAAAAUUGCCAUAAGCGAUUUCACAGAAUCUUUAAAAAGUUGCACAAAUUUGUUCAAUAUAAAAGAACUAUAUUUAAAUAUUGUACACAUUUAAAUAUUUUAUUUAUUAUUACAAUAAUAACUCCUAAUUACAUUUUUUUUUACUAACUUAAUAACGUUUUAGUACUAGAUGUGUCAGUUACUAACAAAAAGGGAAUUCAUAUUUUUAUUAAUGCUUCUUUUAAUAUUGUGGAUUGUUCUAACGUUUUAAAUAACUUAUCUGUUUAUUAACUUAUAUACUGGUGUAAAUCAAUAAUAAUACUAAUAAUAGAUUUACUUAUUUUAAUAAUAAUUGACAAAUUACAUAAGUUGAAGAGUAUGUAUAUCAGGUAUGUAGAUUCAAGAAAAGGGUGAGACAAAAUGACACAUACUGGAAAUUUCCUUAUAAGUAUUAUAUACGUAUUAUAAAAAACAGCAUUACGAGUCACCAAAAAAUACCCAGUAACAAAUUUUACUUUUGCAAUAUUAAACCUAGUUGAAAGCGACCAACCUAAUCAAAUAAUGUUUCUUAGGUCUUGUCUCAAGUGAACUUUUACUUAAUACUGUUUAAAACAAGUUUACGUAACAACUAUUAAGGCCCCCAAUAACGAGCACGCAAAAUGUCCAUUUGGAAUGAUUGAACUCCAAAAUUCCUCGGUGAAUGUUGAAAAUUGAAUGUAUAGACGUGGCGUGGUAGUUUUGGAGAUGCUCCAAACAUCCAACGAUCUCUGGUAGUAGUCUGUGGUGUGGACGUUUUAUGAAUAGGAAAACUCCAAGGUUGGCUGUGUACUACACAAUAAAAAAAACUACAUUAUUAUCGUAUUUAUUUGGAGUGACCGUCAAUGAUUAUUUUCUAAACGUAAAAUCGAUUUGGCUGUGAAGGUUUUAUCUUGUUCAGUUUUCUUUUUAUAUAACAUCGAUAAAGUAGCUGCAGAAUUUUAGUGCUGACGUGAUUGUGUAGUCACACUUCGUGCUUUUGAGCAAAUCUAUUGAUUUCCUUUUUAACCGUUGCCAUGUUGACGUCCUCGUGCAGAUUUUUGUUUCAGAUAUAAAACAAAGCAUCCACGAUGUUUCUAAGUACUUUGUUUUGGAAUUUUUGAAUAAGUGGCUCAACCUCUGAUCUGUCCAAUUAUUUUUCAGAAUCUGCUUGUCUAAUUCUAUCCUUUUAUUUCCAACGUGCUCAUUUCAUCUUAGCUUUAAAUCUGGAUUGACUCCUAAAUAUUUCGCUGUGUUUUCAUAUGAUAUGUCCAGUCCUUAUAUUGUGGUAGGUAUGCAAGUGCUUUGAUUAUUGGUUUUAUUUGUAAAGUUUAUAUUUACCGAGUUUUCUUCAUUAAGUUUUAUUCUUCACUUUUUGGCCCUUUAGUUGAAUUUAUAAGUGACAUUUAGUAACUUUUAGGUAACUUUUUUUGCAGUUAUUACGUUGUUCAUACCAAUAACAAGUGACAAAGAACGGUAACAUAAUCUCUAAGCUACUAAAGUUUAUCGAUGACAUUGACAAAUUACAAAAAAUACGAGAGCAUUCUUAAAACAUUAUUGUAUCGAUAAGCUUGAAGAAGUUUUGGUAACAUAGAAAGCACCACCUAGAUAGCACAAAUAUUUUCAUUGAACGUCCAUUUGAUAUAUAUUUUUGGAUGUCUGAACGUCCAGAAAUGAGUCAGCACCAUAAAGAACUAUUAUUUUUUAAUAAAUUAAAAAACGUGUGAACCGACUGGAAUCGAAUUUACGACACGUCGGUUAACGUUCAUCACCUUCAGCCACUCUACGCGCUCGACCACGGAGACAUGUAAGAAUUUGUUAAUAGAUAUGAUUCUAAUAGUUAAUACAAUUUCAAACGUUUACUGGUAAAAUGAACUGCAUUAGAUUACAUUUUUAAAUUUUGAAUGACCAAAUAUAUUCUGAAAAGAAAAUAAAGUGUAUAUAUGUAUUAUUUGGUUAGCUAAAUAAAUAAUGACCUACACUGACGUCCAUCGGACGUCAAAAUACUACUUAACGUGUACUAAACUUAUGUUCAUAAACGAACGAAUACUGGACAUCCGAAUACGAUUAUCGAUCUAAAAUGGACGUUCACUGGACACCUAUAAGAAGUUUAAUACUAUCCAACAAAGCUUUAGCCAUAAAUAUGUGUGGUUUUAAAAGAGAUAAUAAGGAAAUAGAGUGUUUAUUUAGAGGUCCACGAUUCAAUAAGAGUCCUGAUUUUGUAUAGAUGAACUUUUCAGCUUGUUCUUUUAUUUGAACUAAGUCUCACUUAUGUUUGUUUUUAUAGCACUACCUAAUGCUUUGCACAUCCCUGUAGUAACAAUAUAUUUUGUCACUUGGAUGCAGCCUAUGUUGAGAUUUUCUAUUUAUCAGAUAGAAAAAGUGAUCUUACAUUGGAUGCAGAACCAUCGUAAAUCCAUUUUUGUAGGUAGCGCUCAUGUCUCUCAAAAUGCGAAGUAGUGAAAAAAUGUAUCUCUAUCAGCUUUAUGGUGGAAAUGGAAUGGAGUUUAGAGGCCGUAGGCUACAUCGGUUUAAUAUUUAGGUACUAUGCCUAUAUCCUUUUUAUUUACAGAACGUGGCUUUCAUGGUGUAGACAUACUCGUAUUAGGUGAAAAAAAUAAUUUAUUCCACAUAUACUGUUCUGUAAAUAAAAUUUUAUAUUAUUUAGUAAAAAGAAAGAAAAAAGGCUCUUCUGUAAAAUUAACAUUUUAUGACAUACGCUACUUCUGCUUCCAAGUGAUGAUUUAUUUGAUAAUAUAUUAUUAAAUUUAAUGAUUGUAGCUUAAAUAUUAACAUCGACAAAUGUUUAUAUUAUCUUUAAUUUAGUUUUUUUGUUAUUGCGAUAAAACAAUUUUUCAGUUAUAAUAUUAACUAGUUUAUUAAAUAUUUAAAAAAUAAAGAAUGAAGAAAUGCGUGAAAUAAUGUAAUGCCUGUUGUGGUACUAACCAAAGGAGCAGUUGUUUUCAGAAGGGAAUGGUUGUUAAACCUUUAUCUGAUCUUUUCAGUUUUUCUUAUUUUUUUCUUGAUUUAUUUUAUUUGGUAACUCUUUUAGUUUCUCUAAUCCAUUUUAAUCCAGUUUACAAUUUGUGUUAGUCCUUAUAUACUAAUUUAAAUUUUGAUUCGCUUCUACAAUAACAGUGGCCAAAGAUAUAGGACGAUUAAAAAAUAUUAAUGUAUUUUAAGUUUGUCCUAUAUUUAAGGUUCUUUGAUUCAAAAGCCCAACUAAAAUCAAUCGAUUUUUUGGUGCUGCUUGAAUCGCAGGAAUCUUGUGUCUAUUGAAAAUGAUCACCAGCUUUUUUUCUAGACGUUUUGAGUGAUCUGAGAUAAAAUUUCGUGAUAGUUAUGCAAACUAGUGAUUCCGAAGAAAGUAUUGAGUUUAGAAUUAAACCUAAUGCCUUUACUUAUUAUCUUCUAUGAAGUUUUGUAUAUUUGUAUCAUUGUAUUCAUUUAUAUAUUUGUACCUAAUAAAUAUAUUUAGC